GCUUUUGACACGCACCGUCCAUCAAAGCGUCGUUUAGUCCAGCAUAACAUGACUUGCCUCUUUCUCUUCUUUUACUUAUUCCUUUUCUCUCUUUUAUUCCAAAUUUCUCUCUCCCUCUACACAAUCCCACCAUCUCCCUCCCGAGCAUUGUCGCGACUGGUAUCAUCUUCAUCGCAUAUCCUCUAUACUCUUCUAUUUCCCCUAUUCUCUCACCCCUCCCCCUUUUUGUUCUCUUCGUCGCUUUUAGAAUCUCCCCGCAUUCUUAACCAGCCGGAUCCUAAGCGCGGGGCGCAAGACGACUUGGAAAUCACCAGCAAGAUUGCUACCGGUUGCGUGCGCGAACCGAUUCAACCCGUUUAUUAUAGUACAACUCGUCUUCUACAUUCGAUAAUUUACCAUGGCUGAAGAAAAGAAACCAGCAGUCUUGAUUGUCGGAGGAUUGGGAUUCAUUGGCCGGCACCUCGCCCUGUACCUCCACGAAAACAACCUUGCAUCGGAAGUCCGUCUCGUUGAUAAGGUGCUACCUCAGCUGGCUUGGUUGGCGCCCGAAUUCCAAGAGGCCUGUUCCAAGGACAAGUUCGUUCAGGCCGAUGCCAGUCGGGAACAGCACUUCCCACGGAUAUUCGACAGAGCCAAUGGCGAACAGUUCGACUACGUGCUCAACUGUGGCGGCGAAACCAGACACUCCCAGCCCGAUGACGUCUACGAGGUCCGCAGCUAUGCCCUGGCCGUGGCACUAGGCAAGGAAGUCGCUCGUCGCGGGAUCCGAUCCUUCGUCGAAUGCUCGACCGCCCAUGUUUACAAGGGUGGAGCAACCCCGCGGAAAGAGGACGACAAGCUUCAGCCCUGGCACCGCUUGGCCAAGUGGAAGAUGAAGGCUAGUGAGGAAUUGAAGAAGAUCCCUGGUCUCAAUUACUGUCUUGUGCGCCUGCCCCACGUCUAUGGUGAAUACGACCAUGGUUACUUCGCCAUGGGUGUUUGCCUUGCACGCGUGUACUUGGAUUUGCAGAGAGACUUGGAACUGCUCCACACCAAGGAUUUGAAGGUCAACACUCUCUACGUUCAGGAUGCUGCGAGUGCCCUGUGGAAGGCCGCUGAGUGGAGAGCUAGCACGACAGAAUACCCCCAAAUGGCCUUCAACGUGGUCGACCAUGGCGACACCCGCCAGGGACAUCUAGCAGAGGCUCUGGACACCGUGUUCGGACUUAAGUGCACUUUCUUUGGCUCCGUGGCAUCCCAAUUCGCCAAGUUGAAUCUGGACGAAGUCGUCGAUGACAUGAACGAAGUCAGCUUGCAGGUUUGGGCCGAACUACUCGAAAAGAAGGGCAUCGAGCGCCCAGGCCCAAUUAGCCCCUUCCUCGAACGCGACGUGCUCAAGGACCAAGACAUGUCUAUUGAUGGCACGCUCUUCGAAAACAUCACGGGCUGGAGGCCCAGCCGGGAACGCUUCGACGCUGACGGUGUCCGCGCAAUGGUCGAGUCUUACAAGCGCAUGGGCUGGUGGCCAUAAGGCCAGACCAAAAAAAAAAAAAGAAAAGAAAAGAAAAA